CUAGCUCCCCCCGCCCCCUGUUGCUCCCAAGUUCCCGAAGUCGUUCUGACCCACGGCAGAAAUUUUCCACAACACUUUCAUUACGGACCCGUCGCAUUCUCGCAGCUUUCCCUCGGUCUCCACUUUCAAAUUAGCUCCGGCCCCAUCGCUUCUAACUGACAGUACGGCUCACCAAUGGCUGAUUUCCUUUAGGAACCCGGCGACUCGGUAUCCUGUAAGCCCGGGUCUUUGCAGCUUACGGGGGGCAGAGCCGAUACCAUGGAGAAGAGUCCCACGAAUACGCCGCUUUAAUCGGGGGACAAAACCCACUCCGAUCUGAAGUUAAGAUGUCUGCCACCUCAACCCAUGCAUGUGGUCUGAUAGCCCUCGCCAUCCUCGCCAUCCUCACCAUCCUCUGUGUUCACGUCAACUCUGAGCCAUGGAUCCCUGAAGCUGCAGACGUCCAGUACGGCUCCCUGGACUGCAACGUGACGCUGGCCUGCAGCUCCUCAUUGCCCAGGUCCCUGGCGGAGUGGCGACUGAACGGGAGCACACCAGUUCCCGGACAGACGGGUCUGGGUUUGGAUGGCGGCCUGACGCUCGUUAACACCACUCAGCACAUGGAGGGAAUCUACAGCUGUCACGAUGAGGAGGGGAACGUGGUCCACGCGGUGAAGCUGUACCUGGGCCGUGCCCCGGAGCCAUUGAAUGUGUCGUGCAGGAUGGUCAAUCACCACGUCGUCCGUUGCUUCUGGAAGCCACUGGUGAACACGUACCUGCCCAGCAAGUACAUCGCCACCUACAGGUAUGAUAACCAUGUGAAGACGUGCCACCAGGAGCCGUCCAAGCCCAACGAGUGCACCAUCGGUAAUCCGCCCAUGUGGUAUCACACAGUCACCAUGAACAUCACCGAGGUCAACCCCCUGGGCACAGCCUCCACACGGAUACAGCUGCAGUUCCAUAAGCUGUUGAGACCUGACCCCCCCGAGGCCGUGACCCUGGAGCCGGUGGCGGGACAGCCCCGAAAGCUGCGAGUUAGCUGGCGGUACCCGAGCUCGUGGCCCCAGGGCAGUGCCUUCCCGCUGCACUUCCAACUGCGCUACCGGCCAGUGGGCUCCAACAUUUGGUCUGAGAGGAUCACGACUGGCACCACCGUGAUGAUCACGGAUAUGGUCUCUGGACACCCCCACCUCAUUCAGGUGCAGGCUGGAGAUGAGUUGAGCUUUGGCAGCUGGAGCGAGUGGAGUCCUGAGCUGCUGGCUCUGCCCUGGAUCGUAGAAGCUAGUCCAACCACGAAGGAGGAUCCAGCCUACGAGCUCUUCACAGAGCCGAUAACAAUAGAGCCCACAGAGUUACCCGUGGAGAAGACAAAGGGCGUGGGCGUGCUGGUGUGCCUCGGCCUGCUGGCGGGAGUCAUCCUUUUGAUGCUGUGCACGCUGAUCAUCCUCCUCUGGGUGAGACAGAAGAGGAGGGACUGCAUGAUGAAGAGGGAGCUGGCAUCGAUGAUGUCCAUGCAGCGUGUGAAGAUAUGAGGUGUGUGUGUCUGUGAUACCUGGCAGCCCACAGGAGCUGUUUUCAAGGAGAAGCAGUAAUGCCACUAAGGGGUUCAGCAGGACCACACAAAGGACUACAAAACCCAGAAUCCACAAGGCCAUGGGAACUCAACUGAUGUGUCAGGACAAAGCAGACUGGCAUGGCACAGAAGGCAUGGUGUGUUGGAUGGAAGGCCUGGAACCAAAGCAGAGACAGCAUUGGCUGUCAACCGUAUACAGACUUUUGUUUCCCCUGGAGAUGCCAGAGUGCUGCUUCUGAGAUGUGAAUGAACUGAUUGCAUGGGCAUUUAAGGACUCGGAGACCUGAUGGGGUUGGCUUUUGCACUGACAAAAUGCUGCCCUAUAAGGUUGUGAAAGAGAGCUAAAGAAACCAUUAUAUUGAAUUAACCCAUACUCACCCAUGUCUGCUCCCAGCUGGCCACAGAUCUCCUCCAUUAGCACCCAACUCCAGUCACACAUACCAAGAACUCCCUUGCCAAACCUCUCCUGUAAUCCCGAGACCUUCCUUAUACCGCUGCAUUGGCCAGGUCCUCCGCCUCCUUGCUUCACUUCCAUUGACUCUUAUACUUGCCACCUUCUCCUCACAAACUCAGCACACACACACCGAAUAAGCCCACACAAGUCAAUUGUUACGAAGUUUAUAGUGCUGCUCCGACGAUACGUGCCGUAUCUCCCAUCCGGCACCAACUUCGUCCAAACUUAAAGCUGACAGCAGCCUAUGGGGAGAUGCCUGGAACUGCUCCAGAAACAGCCAGAGCAUCCUUUCGGCACAUCACCAUGCAAGACGAACGCAGCAAGUCUUAAAAUGCACUUUAUUCCGAACAUUCAAAAGAAGCUCCAAAAUCAGGUUACGCUCACCACACGUUUUCAACGUGUUUACAUUGCAACAAAAUAAGCUAUCUCACUGACCUGAGAAAAGUCAGAGACCGCGCUCGUCAGCUUAGCCGAAAUGGUCAGAUAAACUAAUAAAAUGACACUGACAGAAUAGCAAACGGUGCGAUCAAAAUACCCCUUUUAUAACUGCAGCUGGCUGGGGGGGGGGGAAGCAAACCCCAUUCUUAAAUGCUGACAAGCAGAGAAACUACACAAAACAGCAUAAACCAACAAUCUGACAGACACUUGCUUGCAAAGCUGACACACACCACACAGACCGGCUGACACUCCCCCCCCCCAAACACAUGGCCCGCAUUAACCAACAAACACAAUAAACCCUCCCCCUAGGAAAAGCUCCAGCAAAACCACCACAGUACAUCAGCAUACACACCCAUCACUAUAAACAGAGGUGUACCCCCUAUAUGUAAUCUGGCGUCAUUUGUCCCCCAUAAUAAAUAGACCUUUGUAUUUCAAUUAUGAUGUUGUGUGUCCCCCUCCCCAUGUGAAACACUCCUACUCCCUUCACUAAAAAACUGCAUCUCAUUAGAGACCAACACACAGGAUGCUGCUUCCCAGUCCUGAGUGAAACAGGGAUCUGUCCCUAAGUGGCAUUGCAGACUACAGAAACAGGGGCAGACACCAAGCCAGGCCUACUGCACGCCAUCAAGCCUGAACCAGCUGUACCACCUGCCAGGGCGAGAGGGGGCACCAGCAGGCUUCAGGGGGAGGGGGUUAAGUUGAGCCGUGUCCCUCUCCCCCUCAGUCAGCUAAGGCGCACGCUGCUCUGUGCCCCUGCUCUACAGACUGGAGCCGUGUAAAAGCAGCGCCUGUUCACCACCACACUUCCGUUGCUGCUUUGUACGAUCUGCCAGAGCAGUGGGUUUGAAAUGACAAUCGAGCAACUUCCCACCGGGGCCGGCCCAAGACGUAAGCCAGGUUUACUAAUGGCCCAGCAGCCACCAGAGCCCCCCUCCCCAUCUGAUCAGUCUUUCAGAUUGGAAAGGAAGAUGACAAAGGGAAACUAGGUUAAUCAAAUUUUACUUAGGGAACCAAAAAAGGUUGGGCUGGCCCUGCUUCCACCCCAGUGUUUUUCUUCACAGAGAGCACUGUAAAUUACUGUGCAACAACCUUUAACUUAAACCACUUUUACCACUCAUGGUUAUCACACACCCCAUUUUACCUUUAAACAAAUCCAGGAGGCUCCCUUGCGCUCCAUAUUAAGGCACUUUCUCCACGGACACUUGUGGUCCAUAUACGGCUUGGCCAAGGUACCAUACCGCCAUCUACCGGCUAACCUGGGAUGACACGCCAUGAAACGCCUCCCUGACUAUCAGCUGCCCAAGAUCGACCGAGUCCUACGUGCAUCUAUUACUUUUAACAGACCACACUGACAUGGAGGGAAAAGACGUACAAGCAAAAGCCCGGCUUGUCCUACCUGGCCGCAGGCUCCGCUGCCGUGCCCGCAGGAACUGUGCUUUUCGCCGUGUAUCAGCUCCGCAUCCGAGAAGCUGCCGAUUACUACAGACCGCUCUCCUCCACACCGCCUAGCCCUUCUUCCCGGGAGCUCCUCGCAGGUCCAGCGGAAUGAAGAGAUGGGCCCGACUGCACUGCCGUCCCGGACUGUGCCCCAAACCGCCCAAUUAGCGUCUUGAUAGAGCAGUUGGAUAUCGUCUAAUAACCUGGAAGACCUGGAUAUCUUCGAAUAACCGCAGCAUAUUACAUGAAACCGGCCCAAAAUGUAUUCAUUGAACUUAGUAUCUCACUGAACUGCCAAUAUAUCCGAACUGAACUUAAGGGUUUUCCCAAACAGUCCAUGGGCUGUAUGUCUGGGGAAGCGAUUACUUAUUCGCGAGCGGCGCCAAGAAAGAAAAGUGUUUGCUGCUUAUUAAGUGGCUGUGAGGACACUUAUCUUUCCCAUCGACGGCUGAAACUUCCCUUUUUGGAGGGAAAAUGACAGCAAGGAGGGCAGGAGAGAUUUUCGUGGCAUGGGGGCGGGGCUGAGCUUUCUUAGUAGUAAUUAUACUACGAGAAAAAACACAUUUAGUCCAUAUAUCUGGCCAUUACUCUUCCAGCAUCAGACGGUUUAUGUCACAGAGAGUGACACAUGACUUUCUGGUAAUCAUAAAAAAACAUCCAUGCUGUUUCUGAUUACAGUUCUGUCCAACGGUUCUGUCCAUCCAGGUCUCAUUCUACGGGAGAACAGGAACAAGCUCAUGAGAAAGUCCACCAAUAAUGUCUGCAUGCAUUUCACAUACAUGGAGCAUAUUUGGAUUCUGCAGCCACAGAAUUGUCUUUUGCACGCGUGACAAUACGUAGCUUGUGGUUAUGCUUCACUCCAGCUUGGCACGUGUCGUGUCGUCUCACUCCUCCGCAUCCGUAUCAUGCACGUAAAACGCUGCGCAUACACGUCUUUGGCGGAGUUUGCUAAAGCAUCAUACUUUUUUUCUACACACACUAACUAUAUCGCGCCAGCUCAUACAGAAUGCCUUCUCUACUUGAGAACAUAGGAGAUCUGCAUACCAUAAAACUACUGGUUCGCGUGAUUACAGAUAACACGUGUCGUCCAUGCCGUCUUCCACUCGGCAUUUCCCAAACUGCAACGUAUGUCGCAACGCGCUGGUGUCAUCCCAUAGAGUGCUGAAUUAAUUUUGGCUGUUACAAUAUGUGGUCAGGCCCUUUACUCUGUAUAAACAAAAAAAGCAAAAUUUUAAAAUUCUACCGGGCUACUCAACCAUGUCACUGGUAUCUGACAUCAUAAGAGCGUACAUCACCUCGUUUUUUUCACAAGGUUUAGACAUUCUUCAUGAAGGUGGAGAAUUCUUAAACACCUUAUAAUUCCAACGGCCGUGGUCACCAGCGUGCAUCGAAGUUCACGGCCACCCCUCUUUGAUGCCUACGCUGGAUAGGAGCUGUUCGAGGAGACGGCCAAUGGCAUUCAGGAGUAGGCGUGACUUUCUCUGACUGAUAUGCGCAUCCACCAAACAGGAUCUACUCCGUGUAUGCAAAUAAAUCUUAGGAGUAGACCGGUGUCUAGACCAUCAUUUGAGGAUUUACUUUAUCCAUUUAUUAUUAGUAUUAGUAUUAAUUCUAAUAAUAAUACUUAUUAUUAUCAUUACUGUUAUGGCAAUAGCAACAAUAAUAAUAAUAAUUCCCGAAACCGUAGUCUUCAGCCGAUGACCAGCGUUGUAUUUUAGCCGUUUUGUCACGUUUUUUUGUCAUGACGUACAUUUUUCCUGUGUCAUUGCUGUCUUAAUCUGCAUUUCGUCUGUAUGCUGCUUCUGUUUUGAUAGACCUAACUGUGAUAUCUUUGAAAUGUUACUUGUAAUAAAUGUAAUUCGACACGU